CCGUUUUCAGUCAGUCUGCGUCAAGCAUUGGUCGAGAGUGGGCGCAUGCGUAACGCGGUGCUAUUGGCUGAUUUGAAUUUCGAACGUUUUGCGACCGGCCAAUCGCGUACGAUCGAUGGUUUGAUUUCUUUUUCGCGACCACUUUAAAACGUCAACCUAUGUCCCGUUAUAUGUGCUGUGUUUUGUGACAUUGAAAACUGACUGGUUUUUUUUACUUUUUAAUGGCAAGCUGAAGUGUUUAAAAUUUUAUGCUCACAAGAUUGGAUGUUUUCUCACGUGUUCUGGUGUAAACAUCGUGAAGAAGCGAACGUGCUCGUAGAGCGGACUGUUGACCCAGACUCAAACGGUCACCGGAACCAUUAUGCCUUAUAAAUCAAUCACAAUCUGAAGCGGCGGACCAGCCUUGCAUAGUAAGCGGAACCACCGUUAACUAAUUAUGCGGAUUUAUUAAUCGACAAAACAUGAUGGAAGAGGUGACUUCACGUCCCAGUCUCGAAUACAUCCCCUCUCUGCCCCAAAAAGUGAAACAGAGAGGAUCGACAACUUUUACGCAGAUAACGAGCGAAGAUGCCCCUCUCAGAGUGAACGCGUACAGUGCGAGCGACGGCCGGUCUAACAUGGACUCGUUGAGUUCGAUGCACUCGCUUGUCCUUAAUUCUAAGUCCCCAUCGGCAACGGUAUUCAUAGCGGCGACCCAACCAGAGCGACCCGCGAACACGGCCGGCUCAGACGCUCUCUCCGGCGCCGGCCCACACGUGGUCACGAUCAGAAUCAACACGGACACCGACAAACCGAAAGCGCCAAAGAUUUCUAGCGUGCACCUCAAGAGCGAUGUCGACUUUGAAACGUACAAAAUCAGUGACACGAAGAAGAAUAACAGUUUAGUCAGAUUAAAUGUCGAGGACAAUCGACCGAAGAUCUUAGAUAGCGAAGAACAAACCAAGAUGGACAAGGCGCCCUAUAUUUAUUGCAAUUCAUACAUUAAUUCUAACAAUACAAUAAUGUCGAGCGGUCAAUGCUCUCCUAGCGAUACCCUAGAUUCGGGUACAUGCAGCGAUCUAGACGGUACGCCGCCGCCGCUCCCAAAAAAGAAGACAUUGAAAUCGUCGUCUAAAAAAGCCGUGUCCGUCACAAUGAUAAGCUCCGCGAGAAACAUUAGUGAACUAGAUUUCGAAGACAAUGAUUCGAAUAUAUCGUGCGAUUCGCUGAAUAGCAGCGAGUUUAAUGGAAGCAUGCACGCCGACGAAGGCCACGGCGACGAUACUAGCAAAAAAGAAAAGAAACAAACUCCCGAGCCGCCAAGUGCGCCGCUUCUACCGACGUUUAUAAGUAAAGCGAGCAACAAAAACGGUAGCUUUCUACCGCAAGGCUUGCUACAAGAUAUUAGAGACCAUUCGGCGAAACUGAAUACGGUCGAAACUGAAAGUGACUCGAGCGACCAAACGCAAGAGGAAGCGAGCCGGAAUAUUAAUGAAAAUGCUAAUGUAUCGAAAGAAAGUGCGCAGCUAACGUCGUUCCGAUUAGUUUCACAGUUGAACGAGUCGAGGAACAAUAGCAGUGCGGAGUCAACACCUGUCCAUUUCGAAAAUAAGACGCCUUUGAUCAAGGAGACGACGUACGAAGAUAGAAAAAAAGAGGAGAAAAUGAAGCAGGAACGCAUUUGCUACAGUAGUCAUUACUUCGAUACGGAUAAGUUUUACGAUUUUCAUCUUAACGAGAAGCAGUUCGAUGAAGUGCCGGUCAAGAGUGCUAGUGUUGAUAAAAGUGUGAGUGAGGAAACAUCUGAACUGGAAUACUUUGCGGGAGUGAAGGAUUAUAAGAGUGAGGAGCCUACUUCGACUAUUAGGAGCUCUAAGGGAACGAUACGCGGCGUCAAGAACCGCGUGCGAGCUGGCAUCGCGACUUUCCUACAGAUGCAGAGCGCGACAAAGAGUUACAAAGAAAAGGAUGCCGGUAAAGUAGUGUUAUACACAACUACAAUGGGCAUCGUAAGAAGUACUUACCAGAGAUGUAUGCUGGUAAAGAAGAUCCUCAGGAACCUGCUGGUGAAGUACGAGGAAAGAGAUGUCUUCAUGAGCAUGGAAUAUCAAGACGAGAUCAGAGAUAGAAUGAAGAGUGACCAGAUCUUAGUGCCGCAACUCUUCGUUGAUGGACAGCAUAUCGGGGACGCAGAUACUGUUGAAAAGUUAAAUGAAUGCGGUGAGCUGAGAAAAAUGCUGAAGCCUUAUAAGAGUCCAGACGCGUGCAACACAUGCCAGAUGUGCGGAGGGUUCCGUCUGCUGCCAUGCCGCAUCUGCAACGGCUCUAAAAAGAGUCUCCAUCGUAACCAUUUCACUGCUGAAUUCGUGGCCCUUAAGUGUAUGAACUGCGACGAAGUCGGUCUCGUCAGAUGUGAAGCUUGCUCUUGAUUUAAUCCUUACAGUAAAUGCGUUUCUUGUAAUAUGCUAUCCCUGUCACUCUUUGUGAGAAACAGAGAUAGCAUGGUCGUAUACAUGUCACGCAUUUAGAUUCAUGGGCAAUGUAAAUUCAUUUAUUUUGUAUGAAAUUGUUAGCGCUCUCAGUCUCUCUCUAUCAGUAGGAUGGUUGAACUCUUCGCGUCAAUGAAGAAACAGAUCUACCGUAAUUUUAUUAUAGUCUAAACAAUCUACUAGACCGGUCAUACUUGAAUUAAAUUCAUCUAUUAAUCAGACCUGUCACACUUUAAAUUAUCUCUUCAAUGGUUCGAAAACUGACGAGUCUGUUUGAUAAAGAUGAUUUGAGAUGAAAGAUGUUUUGAGAUGUAUGAAAGGACGUAAAGGGUUAACGGACUUGAGAGCUUCCUUUUUCAUGUUUAAAUAAAAUACUGUGUUUAUUAUUUUUGGGCAUUUUAAAGUUCUAUUCUUUCAAGCACUCAUAUUUACGUAUUAUUAAUGUAUCUAGAUAAUUAAGCAUUAAGCUGGUACUAAUAAAAACCUAGUAUGCCAUAAUUUAGAUGCAAUAUAUUUUAUACUUUUAUAAUAUGUUUAGUUCUUUAAUUCGAUUCUUAAAGAUACUAUUUGGUUUAUAAUCUAUGCUACAGUCAUUCUUAGUAUAAAUUUAAUUUAAUUUAAACUUCAAAGUUUAUUCACAGCAGUAACAAUGUAGUCUUGGCUUUAUGCGCGGUUUACACUUGACCAGUACAGUUGGUGAGUAGCGCUCUGACUGGACCGUCAAUUAACUGGCAGAGUGUGAACGCUAACAGGUGCCAAUGAAUGUUACUUGCCGCAACUGUCUAACUAUACUGGCCAAGUGAGAACCGGGCAGACAAGUGAUACAUGACAAAUGUAUACAAAUGACUACAUGACAAAUGUAUACUUUUUAGUGCGGUAGUUCUUUCGCAUAUUUCAUGAACAUCCCAGAAAUAAGUCUUAUUAAAGCCUGAAAACUGAAUACCUUACAUAUAAGCCUUUAAGGAUAACGAAAAACGUUAUUAAGUGUGUUUUUAUAAAUCGCUCACAAACAAAUGGUUCUACUUAUAUUGCUUAAGGAAGAAUUUAUAUGUACACAAGUUAGGUUUACAAAGUAGUUACUUAGUAAAGUUUUAUAAAAAUGUUUGAUAUUAAAUUUUGUCUAAAUCGGAUUACUGUUUAUUACCAAUAUAAUGAAAUAUGAAUAAUUUUCAAAAGUUGAUUUUGUAGUUUAUUUUUUAUUUUUGUAAAACAUUCGUAAAUUGGUUGUCAUAGUAAUGUGAUAGUUAUGUAUUGAAAAUAAAAUUAGAAAUGACAUUAUAAUAAAAUGGUAGAUUUAAGUUUUUAUAACUUUGUACUUAAACCUAUACGUUCCAAUGUUUUCUAAUUUUUUAUCAACUAAGAUUUUUUUGUACAUAUGGUUAUUAAAUAAAAUU